UGAUGUAACAGUAAUGGAGCAAACCGAAUGGUACACAAUUCUAUAAUGUGACAUUAGACAUGAAAUAUUGCGUAUGUAUUACUUAUUAAUAAAACGAAAGAAACUUUUCGGACAACCUGAUACAAACACCUCGAUCGAAAUAAAAAAUAUCUGAAAUUUGUAAGAAAUGAUGCCGAUAACGUAAUUUAAGAAUCCUAGAGGUCAAAUCAUCCCCUCAACAGCAUCGUUACUUUUAACGUUAUUAUGAAUAUCAGCGAGAGCCUAAAAAAAUAUCGUCAAGUUUAAUUCAAAGUUUUCUAACUUUUUGGUAUCUCCUAAAAUUUUUUAUUUUUUUUUUUUUUUUAUUUUAUGGGGAAAAACCACGUUAACUUUUCUCCGUCGUUCGUCAUUUUUUCUCAGCUCGAUCCAAGAAUCGAAUCGAAUGGGCGACGCGUUAUUGCGAUUAUUGUCACGCGAGAAACCGAUUGUCUUCGACGUCAACCGGUAAACUUUCAUUGAUCGAUAUCGAGUACAGUUACCAAAACACGUUCUCUGCGUUUGUCAACGUCGAUCGUAAUGUUAAUUGAAAUCGGAAGCUGUACCCAUACGACAUCCGCGCCAGGAAGUGGGAGGAAUUAAAAUGAACGCGUUAACUUGAUCUACCUUUUACAUCGUGCACUGCCGCAAACUCAGUUUCAAGUAAUUCCGUUUCGCACUCUGAAAGACAUUAAAUUCUAUACCUAAUAAGAAACACGAGAAUCGAAUCUGAAAAUAAUAUUAAAUGAAAUAAGACGGUCUUUUAUUUAAAAAAUCGCGUCGAAAAUAUUUCACUAAACUAAUGCCAAGGUUUGUUGUGGACGUCACCAUCCAAUGGUGAAAGUCGUAGUUCAUUUGUUAAUAAUAUCUCGUACAUAUUAAAAUUCAUGUUCAAAUUCUUCAGGUAGCGCUUGGUCACCUCGAAAUUGCACAGACCCGUGUCCUGCUAAGAAAUAAUUAUACACUUUAACCGUUAGGUCGCCUUACGCAUGGGGACCCAUUCUAUAUCCUUCGACAAUAAACGCCGCGCGUUUCCAAGGAAAAUCCUUCGGCUCGAGCAAAUCAACAGUUUCCUUCCGUGCACGGCACGUUCAAUGGGGGUCCAUCUACCUGAACGUAUUUCCGAGUUCAGGUAACACCGCCCAAAUGACCAAUUUGCAGGUAAAAUAUUCAUCGCUUGUAAAAUAUUUCCUCUACAGCCUAGAAACUAACUCGUCGUAAAAUUACAGGCUUAAACGCUUAAUCUUACCCACUUCGUAUCCGAAUUGUGAUGCAGCAAACAUUGAUCCUCUUUUUUUUUCCUUUAAAUCGAUAUAUCCUAACGCAAGUACAACGAAAUUGUGAAAUACGUAAACUUAUACUGAAAAUAUUCUUAUUUAAAAACGUUCGUGUUCAAUUGACGAUUCAACCACGUGUUCCUUUAUGAAUCGGUAGGUGACUGUAUGUAUUUUGUUUUCCAUAACCAAGAUGUUUCAAUCGAUAGCACGUGUUGCCACGACAUUUAAAAACUUAUUUUUUAAUUUCGCACAAAGGUUUCCUUUACGAUGUAUACAAGGAAUGAGAAGGGAUGUUUCGAAAUUCAAUCCCUAAGGGGGUAAAAAGGAGUUGCAACGUUGGUAUUCCACGCGGGUGAAACCGCGGGAUGCAGCUAGUUGGACGUAUAAUUAAAAUCAAUAACAUCUUUUAUUUCGGUAACAUUAGUAUUACGCAAUAUUUAUUUGGUAAAUUAGAAUCGUUUUCUGAUCGAUGUUUAUAUAAUAUUUCAUAGUCCAUAUAAUCCUGGGAGCAUGCAAUCAAGAGAUAUUAUAAAUAAAGUAAGGGAGCCAGUCCUCUGUGCUAUAGCUAAAAAGAGAAAGGAAACCGCGGUACCCUACCUGUCUCUGUCUAUCAGCUCAUUUUUAUAUCAAUUUUAUGGUGACGAUAAAUGGUUAUCGUUAAAAGCACAGAGAUAGAUAGAGUACCGCGUUUUUUUUUCUCUUUCAGACAGGCCUAUGUUUCCUCUGCUCUAUCUAUAAUAUCUCUAUGCAUGCCAUGCUAUCCCAUUGAUAGAUAACAAAGUAUUAGUUGUCGUGACAAAAAGCCGAUUGAUAUGCUACCGGUCGUUAAAGUGUCAAGUAAUUAUACAAACAAAAUUGCAUAAACAAGUAUACUUUUUAGCGUGUAACUUUGAAAAUUGUUUUCAUUGGUUAUCACUAACAUAUGUAAUCUCAGUACUCUGUAGAUACAUCUAUCCUCCGAUUUUAUACCGCACUUCUUUCACACGGUUUUCAAAGUAACGAAUUCUUCAAAAAUAAAAACGUUGAAAACAAAAUUCCACGCUGUUACAGUCAUCUUUUAGUACCAUUACGUUCAGCGCUAUACUUUCCUACCUGAAGCUAGGAAAGGCGGAGGGUUUGCGCGUUAACAAUAAGGCACUUCGAAUAUAGGAGUUGACGCUGGAAAUAAGUUUCCGUGUCCAGGGAAUAACAGCGUUCACGCGUUCCUCGAAUCGGUCGUACUUCAGGUAUCCUGUAAGUCAAUAAUAAUUCGAGACUCCGUUAUCCUUUGCGAGAAGACCCCUUGCAGGUAGUACGUACUCCUAAUGCACGAGGAAAUUUCCAACAGCGACCUGGCCGAGUGGCAGCUUAUCCUUGAACGCAAUAAAACUACGGUCCCUCUGCGUCUAUUGUCGAAUUUCGUCGUAUUUAAUUUAUCGCGAUCCAGCGAGUACCACCUUGGAAAAUUAGUCGGAAAUUUCGAGUCCUAUCUCGGUUCUGUAAAGCUUCGUUUUUAAAAAUACCGAAUUCGAAGAUUUGUUGCAUCGUUCUUCCAAACUUCCGCCGCAAGUUGUAUGGCUGUGUAUAUCAGUGGUGUCCAACUUGUUUUAUAAUAAAGCAACUCACAAAAACAGAAUUAGAAGUUGCCUACGCGAGUCCUCGUGGAAUCUGUAUCGUAUUAUUUAAGAAAAAAUUAAUUUUAUUUCUUCGGCGUUAUUAAGAAUUGUCAUCGAUUGAUUUUUGGAGAAAUUGCUUCAUUCUCGACAAAAAAUUCAAUUAUAUCUCGAAUUUAUUUUGUGAUCCAUACAUUACCGACAGCGGGAAAUUUUUUAACAAUAAAACCAGUCUACCCUACGUGCCUUUGUCUAUCAGCGUAUUUACAUAUCAUUUUUAUGGUAAUGAUAAAUGAUUGUUGUUUAUAUUUUUAAUGAUUACGUAUGACGAGAUAGAUACGAUUGUAAGAUCGUUGCGAAAUCAACGCGACAACGUAUAUCCAGUACGAUUGGAAAAUUUAUAUAUGUAUUUUUUGAAUGAUACUCGUAAACGAAAUUACUGCAGAGUCAUCCAAUAUUCGGUACGGUUUACGAUCAAAGUUCAGAUAAACGGCUCGUUACUCGAUACUCGUAUUUUGAACGGUACUACAGUUUACUUCGAACGACUGAACUGUGUUGUGUGUUACUCUGCAUGUUAUUGUUUGGCACUACACGAAAAAUGAAGAACGGCAAUCAGAUUCUUGCAGAGGCCUUGAAAGAUCAGGGUAUCGAAUAUGCUUUCGGGAUAAUGGGCCACCCUGUAAUCGACCUGGCACUGUGCAUCCAAGCUAUGGGUAUCCAGUACCUUGGAUUUAGAAACGAGCAAGCCGCUUGCUACGCAGCGCAAGCUUAUGGCUACCUGACGCGAAAACCGGCGGUAGUUUUAUGCGUCUCUGGGCCAGGAUUACUUCACGUCAUGGGUGGUAUGGCAAACGCUCAAGUGAAUUGCUGGCCAGUCAUAGUACUUGGCGGAUCGUGUUCUGAGGAUCACGAGGGGAUUGGCGGUUUUCAGGAAUGGCCGCAGGUAGAAUCCAGUAAGCCCUAUUGUAAAUAUGCUGCCAGACCACCACAGGCAACACUCAUACCGCUCCACGUAGAAAAGGCCGUUCGACUCUCUAUUUAUGGUCGACCAGGCGUCGCGUACUUGGACUUGCCUGCCACUUUGUUGAACCAGUCGGUCGACGAGGAUAAAAUAUACAAAGUGGCGCCCUGUCCAACGCCGCCACUGAUAUUUCCAGAUAAACAAUUAGUUCAACAAGCUGCCAACUUGCUCAUGCGAGCAAGAAAACCGCUACUGAUCGUCGGAAAAGGAGCUGCUUACAGUAGAGCAGAAAAAGAAAUUCGUAAUCUCGUGUAUUCGACGGGUAUUCCCUUUCUCCCGACACCUAUGGGAAAGGGCGUUAUUCCAGACACGGAUAAACGAUGUGUUUCUAGCGCGAGAACUUUUGCAUUGCAACAAAGCGACGUUAUUAUAUUACUAGGCGCCAGAUUUAAUUGGAUGUUACACUUUGGCCAACCGCCUCGUUAUCAAGAUAACGUUAAAGUGAUACAGAUUGACUUAUGCCCAGAAGAAUUACACAAUUCUAUUCUUUCUGCAGUUGCGAUUCAAUCUGACCUGUCCACAGCUGUGGACUGUCUAGUUAAUAUUUUGAAAGCUCAAAAAUGGUCCUUUGAUGGAAAUAGUUCAUGGUGGAAAGACCUUCUGAUUAAAGCAAAUAAAAAUAAAGAAAUGGUCCAUAGAAUGUCCAUGGAUACUUCAGUGCCUUUAAAUUACUAUACCGUUUUCAAACAUAUUCAAGAUAGUAUUCCACCAGAUUCUAUCAUUUGCUCAGAAGGAGCAAACACAAUGGAUAUUGGGAAAACAAUGUUAUUGAAUAAUGAGCCCCGUCAUAGGUUAGAUGCUGCUACUUUUGGUACCAUGGGAGUUGGCUUAGGUUUUGCCAUUGCAGCAGCUCUUUAUUGUAAAAAUAAUGCACCUGGUAAAAGAGUAUUUUGCGUGGAGGGGGACAGUGCUUUUGGUUUUUCUGGCAUGGAAAUUGAAACAAUGUUUAGAUAUAAAUUGCCUAUAAUCAUUAUUAUUGUAAAUAAUAAUGGCAUCUAUAGUGGCUUAGACACUGAAACUUUUAGACAAUUGCAAGCUACAGGGGAGCCAACACAAGUAAUACCACCCAAUUCUUUAACAUCUGAAACACAUUAUGAAAAAAUGAUGGAGAUGUUUGGUCAAAAAGGACACUUUUGCAAGACUGUACAUGAUAUUCAACAUGCAAUAAAGUCAUGUCUUCAAGUGAAUGAUGCUCCCAGCAUGAUAAAUAUUAUGAUCAAUCCUCAAGCUGAUCGUAAAGAACAACAAUUCAGCUGGUUGACAGAAUCAAAACUUUAAAUUUGUUAAUUCUGUUAAUAAUUCUGUUAAGUUUAGAUCCAAUAUGAAUAAGGUGAAAGGCAGAGCAUGUGCUGUAUAUAUUAUUAUUUUUUUGUAUAAAAUUGUCCAUUUGUAUUUUUAUAAAAAUAUACAAAAAAUAUACAAAGUAUUUAAUAAUGAAAAUUAAA